UUCAGACCCGCAGUGGAAGAAAGAGGCGGGGCCUAUAAGGGGCGGGGUGUGGAAUUGGUGUUUUGGAGGUGGGAGGUCGUUACGAUGAUGUCUGUUUUUUCCCUUCAAGAAGUAAAUGUGUAUCUGCAGGCAUAUAUUCAUUCAUACAUUCUUGUUCUGAGGAGGGUCACUCCCUCACUGGCUGCCAUUGAAAGAGUCAACUUCUCUGUGUCUCCCAGAUGGGCACUGGAUGCAGAAGAAUCAGUAUGAUUCUUCUUGCUGUGCUUUUUCUCUGUUUUAUUUCCUCAUAUUCAGCUUCUGUUAAAGGUCACACGACUGGUCUCUCAUUAAAUAAUGACCGUCUGUAUAAGCUCACAUACUCCACUGAAGUUUUUCUUGAUCGGAGCAAGGAGAAACUACAAGACAGUGUGGGCUAUCGAAUUUCCUCCAGUGUGGAUGUUGUCUUACUGUGGAGAAAUCCUGAUGGUGAUGAUGACCAACUGAUUCAAAUUACGAUAAAGGAUGUAAAUGUUGAAAAUGUGAAUCAACAGAGAGGAGAGAAGAGCAUCUUCAAAGGAAAAAAUCCACCUAAAAUCAUAGGAAAGGAAAACUUGGAAGCUCUGCAAAGACCUAUGCUUCUUCAUCUAAUCCAUGGGAAGGUCAAAGAGUUUUAUUCAUAUCAAAAUGAACCAGUGGCCAUAGAGAAUCUGAAGAGAGGCCUGGCUAGCCUAUUUCAGAUGCAGUUAAGCUCUGGAACCACCAAUGAGAUAGAUAUCUCUGGAAAUUGCAAAGUGAUCUACCAGACUCAUAAAGACAAAGUGAUCAAAACUAAGGCCUUGGAUUCAUGCAAAAUAAUGAGGUCUGGAUUCACAAACCCAAAUCAGGUCUUGGGUGUCAGUUCAAAAUCCUCAUCUGUCACUACCUAUAAGAUAGAAGACAGCUUUGUUAUAGCUGUACUUGCUGAAGAAAUACAUGCUUUUGGGCUGAAUUUCCUGCAAACCAUUACAGGGAAAAUAGUAUCAAAGCAGAAGUUAGAGCUGAAGACCACUGAAGCAGGCCCAAGACUGAUGUCCGGGAAGCAGGCGGCAGCCAUCAUUAAAGCAGUUGAUCCAAAGUACACAGCUGUUCCCAUCAUGGGGCAAGUCUUCCAGAGCAAUUGUAAAGGAUGCCCUUCUCUCGUGGAGCGCUGGCAGUCCAUCAGGAGACACCUACAGCCUGACAACCUCUCCAAGGCUGAGGUCGUCAGAAACUUCCUGGACUUCAUUCAGCACCUCAGAACUGCGAAGAAAGAAGAGAUACUUCAAAUUCUAAAGACUGAAAACAAGGAAGUACUACCUCAGUUGGUGGAUGCUGUCACCUCUGCUCAGACCCCAGAUUCAUUAGAAGCCAUUUUGAACUUCUUGGAUUUCAAAAGUGACAGUAGCGUCAUACUCCAGGAGAGGUUUCUCUAUGCCUGCGGAUUUGCCUCUCAUCCCAAUGAAGAACUCCUGAAAGCCCUCAUUAGUAAGUUCAAAGGUUCCUUUGGAAGCAAUGACAUCAGAGAAACUGUUAUGAUCAUCAUUGGGGCCCUUGUCAAGAAAUUAUGUCAGAACGAAGGCUGCAAACUCAAAGCAGUAGUUGAAGCCAAGAAGUUAAUCCUGGGAGGACUUGAAAAAGCAGAGAAAAAGGAGGACACCAUGAUGUAUCUGCUGGCUCUGAAGAAUGCCCUGCUUCCAGAAGGCAUCCCCCUGCUUCUGAAGUAUGCAGAAGCAGGAGAAGGGCCUGUCAGCCAUCUUGCUACCACUGCUCUCCAGAGAUACGAUGUCCCUUUCAUCACUGAUGAGGUGAAGAAGACCUUGAACAGGAUAUACCACCAGAAUCGUCAAGUUCAUGAAAAGACCGUGCGCACUGCUGCAGCUGCUAUCAUUUUAAAUAGCAAUCCAACCUACAUGGAAGUCAAAAACAUCCUGCUUUCUAUUGGGGAACUUCCCAAAGAAAUGAAUAAGUAUAUGCUUGCCAUUGUUCAAGACAUCCUACGUUUUGAGAUGCCUGCGAGCAAAAUGGUCCGUCGUGUGCUGAAGGAAAUGGUCGCUCACAAUUAUGACCGUUUCUCCAAGAGUGGAUCCUCUUCUGCCUACACUGGCUACAUAGACCGUAGUACCCGUUCGGCCUCUACUUAUAGCCUUGACAUUCUUUACUCUGGUUCUGGCAUUCUAAGGAGAAGUAACUUAAACAUCGUCCAGUACAUUGGGAAGGCGGAUCUUCAUGGGAGCCAGGUGGUCAUUGAAGCCCAAGGGCUGGAGGCCUUAAUUGCAGCCACUCCCGACGAGGGGGAGGAGAACCUUGACUCCUAUGCCGGCAUGUCAGCCAUCCUGUUUGAUGUUCAGCUCAGACCUGUCACUUUUUUCAAUGGAUACAGUGAUUUGAUGUCCAAAAUGCUGUCUGCAUCUGGAGACCCCGUCAGUGUGGUGAAAGGGCUUAUUCUGCUAAUAGAUCACUCUCAGGAGCUUCAGUUGCAAUCUGGACUAAAGGCCAAUAUAGAGGUCCAAGGUGGUCUAGCUAUUGAUAUUUCUGGUGCAAUGGAGUUCAGUUUGUGGUAUCGUGAGUCUAAAACCCGAGUGAAAAAUCGCGUGACUGUGGUAAUAACUGGUGACAUCACAGUGGACUCCUCUUUUGUGAAAGCCGGCCUGGAAAUCAGUGCAGAAACAGAAGCAGGCCUGGAGUUUAUCUCCACGGUGCAGUUCUCUCAGUACCCAUUCUUGGUUUGCAUGCAAAUGGACAAGGAUGCAGCUCCAUACAGGCAAUUUGAGACAAAGUAUGAAAGGCUGUCUACAGGCAAAGGUUAUGUCUCUCUGAAGAGAAAAGAACGCCAAGUAGCAGGAUGUGAAUUCCCGCUCCAUCAAGAGAACUCUGAUAUGUGCAAGGUGGUGUUUGCUCCUCAACCUGAAAGCACUUCCGGCGGAUGGUUUUGAAACUGAUCGGUAAUAUUUCACUUGAAUUUGUCUCCCCAAAAGGGAUAUGAUGUGACAUGCCUAAGUACUUGCUCUCUGAGAGCACAGUGUUUACAUAUUUACUUGUAUUUAAGAUUUUUGUAAAAAAGCUAUGAAAAAAUUCAAUUGAUCAAAUUUUGGCCUAUGCAGUAUACCCCCAGAGUGUCACUUUGAGUCAUCAUGUGACACUUUUGACAAUUUUCUUAGUUUUCUUGCACCUCUCCAAAAUCCUAUUUGGUACAGUGAGAAUAGUUUUUCUCUAAGAGAAAACUAGUGUUUGUUAAAAACAAAAAACACACACACUGAAGAGAACUCAGUUUUAUUUCAACAAUUUUUGAUCAUAUGAAGCCCUUGACAGAAC